UAUUGAAAACAAUGUGCGUAUCGCGUGCAGCCGCGCGAGUUAAAAUACAAGCGAAACAGAUUUAUUUUGUGAAGUAUAGGCUAUAAUCGUAAAAUUAUUGUAAAAUUACAUGAAUUAUAUUAUUUAAUGACGAUAAGUUUUGUUAUAAUCUUAAACCAUUGUUAAACGUGUGCGUAAACGUACAAUAAUAAUUUUACAAAAAUGACUGAAGAUGAUAAUAAUGUGGACUCAGAAAGUAACACGAAAUAUAAAGAUGGAGUUAACCAAAAUGCUCGUUUAAUAGUGAGAAACAUAUCAUUUAAGGCUACGGAUGAAAAUGUCAGAGAAUAUUUUUCACAAUACGGCACCGUAGAAGAGGUUAAAUUGUUAAAGAAGCCCGAUGGAAGGCUUGUCGGAUGUGCUUUCGUACACUACACUCAUGUCCCAAUGGCCAAUAAAGCCCUAGCUGCCACAAACAAGAAAGCCUUUCUCGGUCGGCCUAUAUAUGUUUCUUGGGCAGUCCCACAGCGUAAAUAUAACGAAGAUAUACAGAAUAAUGGUCCAAAGAAAUUUAACAAUACUAAAGAUGACUCUAAACCAGAUAUUAAAGAUGAAGACGGAGAAGUUAAACCGACGUCAAAAGAAGAAAAGGACAAAACAAGAUUUAAUCGUAGAGCUCGUCUGAUAGUUCGUAAUAUAUCUUUUAAAGCGACGGAGGAGUCUCUGAAAGAGCAUUUUGAUCCAUAUGGUGUAGUUCAAGAAGUAAAAUUAUUAAAAAAACCAGAUGGAAAACUGGUUGGGUGUGCAUUUGUACAUUUUAAAAAUGUACCAAUGGCUACAGAGGCAAUUUUGAAAACAAAUAUGAAACCAUUUUUGGGUAGACCGAUAUCAGUGGAUUGGGCAAUAGCAAAAGAUAAAUAUAUGCAGCAUGUUGUCAACAAGCAGGUCGAAAUGCAAGACAAUGUUAAGAAGGAGGAGUCAGAUAGUGACGAUGAUGACAACGCAAUGAAUGUUUCAACUGAAGACGUUAAACAGGAAAUUAAAGAUGAAUCGGAUGGUGAUGAAUCUGAUUCAGAUAAUGAAGUAAAGUCAGAAGACGAAGAAGAUGAUGAGAAUGAAGAUGAAGAUGAUGAAUCAGAGGACGAUGAAGACGUUGAUAAAGAGGUUGACGACGACGAUGGUGGUGAUGACGAUAAAAGUGUAACAAGUACACAGCCUGAAUUUCAAAGGAUAAAACUGAAUGACGCCGAGGACGGCUGCACGGUGUUUCUUACGAACGUACCGUUCAGCGUGGACAAUGACGAGCUGCGGACCUUUGCCGAGAGGACGGGCCCCGUGAAAUACGCCCUCAUCUGUGUCGAUAAGCUGACCGAACAUUCAAAAGGUUCUGGAUUUGUUAAAUUUACGAACAAAGAGGAUGCAGAACGCUUCCUGUCUCUAGAUGCGUCCGAGUUGCGGCUGGAGGGGCAGGCCGUGCAGGUGAGACCGGCGCUGCGACGGGACAACCUCGGCACGGGGAACAAGAAGCAACCCAAGGACAACCGGAACUUGUACUUAGUCAAGGAAGGAGUGGUCGUGGCGGGCACGAAGGCGGCAGUGGGCGUGUCCGCCUCGGACAUGGCGAAGCGACUCGCCCUCGAGCGCAGUAAGACACAGAUGUUGAAGAACUUAAACAGGUUCGUGUCGCGCUACCGGCUGGUGGUGUCCAACCUGCCGGCGGCGUGCGACGACGCGCGCCUGCGCCGCACGUGCGCGCGCGCCGCCCCGCGCGCCGCCAUCACCGAGGCGCGCGUCAUGCGCGACCUGCGCGCGCCGCUGCAGCGCGACGGCCAGCACCCAUCCAAAGGAUACGGCUUCGUGAUGUUCAUGCGACACGAGGACGCGUUGGCGUGUCUUCGAAAACUGAACAACAAUCCCGAUAUUUUCGACAAGAAUAACAGGCCAAUAGUUUCAUUCUCAAUAGAGGAUCGUACAGCUUUAAACGCAAGGAAAAAGAGAUUAGAAAAAUCUAUAGCGAAUAAUCCCUUAGCAAGGAAAGAGACACAAGAUAACGACCAAAGCAAAGACAGACGUAGGGGGAAGAAACGAAAACAAAACACGCCAGACGAGAGUUACAUGAAGAAGAGAAAAUUCGAGCACAAUAAUGUUCAGAGGCGAGAAGCUGGAAAGUUCGUGCAAAGACCCAGGGAUAAUACAGAAGAUUAUUCAGGAUUGACGGCAAGAGAAGGGAGUCAGCACAAGAUGAGGAGUUUUCAUAAACUCAAAACACAAGCGGACUUACAUAGGCAGAACGUCAAGGUUGAGAAGAAGAAGAGCCAGCGGGCGAUGAGGUUGAAGAAGGCGGCCCGCGAACGGAUAAAGCAGCCGAAACAAAAGAUUAACAAAAACAAAACGGGAAAAAGAAAUAAGAAACGAAACUUUGACAAAAGUUUCAUUUAAAUAAAUGAUUAUCUUCGUUAGGAAAAUAUAUUUAAUAUCAUCA